AUGGCUCGCCAGUCUCGUUCGCGUCCCGCCGCCCGCCCCGCCGCGCCCGCCGGUAACCGUCAGGCCUCGACCGCUGCCUACCCCGCCCACACCCCGACUCCCGCCCCCGUUGCUGCGCCCGCGCAGGCGCAGAGCUCCGGCCCCGGCCUUCUCGCCCAGACUGCUUCUACUAUGGGUGGAGCCAUGGCGGGAUCCGUCAUCGGUCACGGUAUCUCCAGCAUGCUUUUCGGUGGACGGUCCGACGCCGCGCCUCCUCCCCCCUCCGAGCUGCCUGCGCAGCAGGCGCCCGUCAACGGCGGGAGCUGCGACAUCCAGGCCAAGGACUUCACCAAGUGCAUUGAGGCUACCAACGGCGACAUGACCGGAUGCUCGUACUACCUCGAGGCGCUCAAGGCCUGCCAAGCUGCCGCGCGUCCUUACUAG